CUUGAGACGGGAUGUUAGAAAACUUCAGCUAUAGUAUGAUCAAGCUGUUGUAAUUCUUAAUUUUUCUUUCUUUUAUUUUUUAUCUUAAAAUCUUCAUUGGAGGUAUGACUAUAUUAUUUUAUAGGAGAUUUAGUUCCCUUUACAUUCUAUAUAAGACAUUGUAUUAUAAGUGAGAAGUCAGCCAUUUGCAAGCUUCUUCUUCAAUCGGAUUUCGAUUUAUUUUUAUUUUUAUUUUUCUGAGAGAGAGAGAGAGAGAGAGAGAGAGAGAGAGAGAGAGAGAGAGAUGGGAGUAAUUCUGCUGAGUUUGCUUGUAAUUGCUGGUGUUUUGAUCCUCCCAUGGGUUUGGAAGGUAUUCAUCCACGUUUGGUGGAGACCCAAACGGUUGGAGAGAGCUCUGAAAGAGCAAGGCAUCCAUGGCUCUUCAUACAAACUGCUGUUCGGGAAUAUCAUCGAUUACGGCAGGACAUGGAAGGAAGCACGCGCUAAGCCCAUGGGCCUGUCUCACCAGAUCGUGCCACGUGUCGUCCCCUUCGAUCAUCAGGCGGUUAGGAAAUAUGGAAAAAUAUCCGUCGCAUGGUUUGGAACACUUCCAUCGGUGCAGAUCAUGGAUCUAGAACUGAUAAGAGAAGUCUUUUUGAAUAAGUCUGGUCACUUUGAAAAGUCAGUGGCGAGUCCAUUUUUGAAGCAGUUAGUAACAGGGCUGGUGACCCACGAAGGCGAAAAAUGGGCUAAACAUAGGAGAAUCAUCAACCCCUCCUUCCAUGUAGAGAAGUUGAAACGGAUGUUACCAGCAUUCUCUGCAAGUUGCAAUGAAUUGGUCAGCAAAUGGGAGCAGUGGGUUGGUUCCGAAGAGUCCCAUGAAUUAGAUGUGUGGCCUGACCUCCAGGCUUUAACGGCAGACGUUAUCUCACGGGCAGGGUUUGGUAGUAGCUAUAAAGAAGGAAGGCAGAUUUUCCAACUCAUAACAGAACAGGCAGAGCUUGUUAUCAAGGCUGUUUACAUGGCAUACAUUCCUGGCUAUGAGUUUUUGCCCACAAAAGAUAACCUGAGGAGAAAGGAAAUUGAUAGAGAAGUGCGAGCUAUUAUAAGGCGUAUGAUUGAGAAGAGGGAGAUGGCUAUGAAAAUGGGAGAAGCCCAUAAUGAUGAUUUGUUGGGUUCGCUAAUGGAAUCUAAUUUCAAAGAAUCACAAGAUCAAGGGAACUCCAAGAGGAUGACUAUUGAAGAUGUGAUAGAUGAGUGCAGGCUAUUCUACUUGGCAGGGCAGGAGACCACGUCCGACUUACUGACAUGGACGAUGAUCGUGCUGAGUAUGCAUCCGAGCUGGCAAGCACAAGCAAGGGAUGAGGUGUUGCGAGUCUUUGGGAAGAACAAACCAGACUUCGAUGGCUUAAGCUACCUCAAGAUUGUAACCAUGAUCCUGUAUGAGGUUCUCCGGCUGUACUCGCCUGUGGUUCUCCUCACUCGGUGCACUAACGAAAGAGUCCAACUAGGAGGAAUGACCCUCCCAGCCGGUGUACAACUUGUGCUGCCAGUUCUCCUCCUCCAUCAUGAUCCCGAGCUGUGGGGUGAGGACGCAGAUGAAUUCAAGCCAGAGAGAUUCUCUGAAGGAAUCUCCAAGGCGACGAAAAAUCAACUCUCCUUCUUUCCAUUCGCUUGGGGGCCCCGGACAUGCAUUGGGCAGAACUUCGCCAUGAUAGAAUAUAAGUUAUCUUUGGCCAUGAUCCUACAACGUUUCUCAUUCGAGCUAUCACCCUCCUAUGUCCAUGCUCCUUACACUGUUCUAACUCUCCGUCCGGAGUAUGGUGCUCCACUCAUCCUUCAUAAACUUUAAUAGUCCAUCUAGCGCUUGACAUUGAGCUAUGAGGAUAGAGUAGUCUUAAUGUGGUUAUUCUAUGAUGAUUACUCCCGUGAUUAUAAUAAAUUUCUAAUGUUUCACAGUAUUGAAUAUCCGUGUUAACCUAUGUAGACAGUGCUAUCUAUUGUUUGGAUGACGCAAAUUGGAAUGCCAUAUAUU